AACAUCAAAAUAAUCAUGGCUGCUCUCCUAAAGAAGAGAGCUUUGGCGGAGUUUAGCCAAGUUUUGCAGGAAGAGCCGCCGAAACCCCUCAAGAAACUAUGCAUCUCCAAGAAACCGGCGCCGCAGAAGACCAUCGACGUCGCCGAUGUUUUGAAAUCUGGGAGCUCCACAGAUGUAAUCAUGAUGCUGAUUCAACUGACGGAGGCAGUGCCUACGCAGCCGGAGGAGGUGCUGGGUGUGUACCGCUGCCUGCUGGAGCGCUUCCCCGCCGAGAAGGAGAGCACGGCCCGGGCCAAGCUGGCGGCGGUGGCGGGGCAGCUGGUGCGGGGGGGUGCCCUGGACCCCGGCCUGGCCCUGGAUGACCUGGCCGCGCUGCUCCGUUCCGAGACAUCCCACGGGGUCCUGGCCGCCCUGGUGGACGCCCUGCAUGCAGUCGGCCUUCAGGCGCCCGGCGACAGGCGCCUCCGCCAUAGGGCCGUGCAGCUCGCCCGCCAGACGCUGAGUGACAGCAACCACAGGGUGAAGUGCAAGUGUCUGCGGCUGCUGAGCGACCUCCUGCCGACGGACGAGCGGCCCGAGGCGGCCUCGGGGCUGCUGUCCACCCUGAGCGACUUCAGCAACAACCAGGACCCCCGGGUCAGGACGGAGGCCUUCUGCGCAAUGCUGCGCCUCCACAGCCGUGGACUGAGGCUGGACCUGUCCCUGUACGAGCACGUCACGUCUGCACUGGACGAUGACUACGAGAGCGUUCGCAUAGCGGCCCUCAAGCUCUUGGAAGUCCUGAGCCACAUCUACAGUGACCACCUGGUGCGGGUCCGCAACAGCCAGGAGCAGAUCCGGCUUGCCGACGACGCCUUUGCCAAGAUCUGCCAGAUGAUCGGCGACCUCUCCAUGAACGUCAGGAUAGAGGCCGCCUCCCUCAUGGGCACGAUGGACCACGUGAGCUCUCACUUCCUGGAGCAGACGCUCGACAAGAAGCUCAUGUCCAAUUUAAGGCGCAAGCGUUCGGCGCACGAGCGGCAGAAGGAGAGCUACGAGAGCGGGGAGUGGUCCUCGGGCCAGAAGUGGGCGGACGACGCCCCCCGGGAAGAGCUGGACGCCCAAAGUGUCAGCCUCAUGGGCUCUGGGGCCUGCGGAGCCUUCGUCCACGGCCUGGAGGACGAGUUCCUUGAGGUGCGGUUGGCCACCCUGGACUCCUUGUGCAAGCUGGCGCUGAAGUUCCACUCCUUUGCGGCCCAGUCGCUGGACUUCAUAGUGGACAUGUUCAACGACGAGAUUGAGGAGGUGCGCCUGAAGGCCAUCCAGUGCCUGGGGCGCAUCAGCAACCAGAUCGUGCUCAGGGAGGACCAGCUCGAGACCAUCCUGGCCGUGCUUGAGGUAGGCACAGGGACUUCCCGGGGCAACAACAGUCUCUUCGCCUGUGCGCUACUACUCUAG